ACAUUUCACUGGCAAGUAGGCUGGUGACAGUCUGCUAACAACAAAGGGAGAGGAAAAUACAGGUAAUCUAGCCUCUGAAGUUGUAUAAAACCAGAAAAAAAUGGGAAAAGGAAAGAGCGAAGAUCCCAAAUAUGGGAAAAGAAAAGAAAAGGCCAAGAUGCAACUAAAAAGAAAUAUAGGUUAUUUUGAUGGAGUAAGUUUUAUUAUAGGAUCAAUUGUCGGGGCAGGGAUCUUUGUGUCUCCCACGGGGGUGUUAAAGCAUUCCUUACUCAACGUUGGCGUCGCACUAACAAUCUGGACUGCGUCUGGGCUGGUUUCUCUGAUGGGUUCCCUCUGCUAUGCGGAGCUGGGAACUGCUCUGCCCUUCUCCGGAGGAGAAUACAGCCAUAUUAAAAGAGGCCUUGGAUCGCUACCUGCCUUCGUCUUUAUCUGGACAUCAAUAUUUACCAAGCCAGCAUCAAAUGCUGCUCGAGCCUUGCUUUUUGCUGAAUAUGCCACCCAGCCCUUCUAUGGGAUUUGCCCUGCACCAGAAGUGCUGAAGAAAUGCUUGGCCUUGGCCGUUCUCUGGUCCCUGGGGAUUUUGAAUGGCCACAGCGUCAAGAUGGCUGCGUGGGUGCAGACAGUUUUCACUCUGCUGAAGAUGAUGGCCUUGUCUGUAAUCGCCAUUGGUGGCAUAGUUCUCAUUGGCUGGAGAAAGGAUAGUCUGGCCAGGUUUGAGGACACGUUCAGCUCGGAGAUCCCCAACGCGUCACAGAUUGCUGAAGCCUUCUUCCAAGGACUGUAUGCGUAUGGUGGUUGGUGGUCCCUCAAUUAUAUGGCAGAAGAGAUGAAAAACCCCAGCAGAAAUAUCCCCUUAACUGUGAUAACUGCUGUUCCUGCAGUAAUUGUUUUUUAUUUACUGGUGAACAUCUCAUAUCUGACUGUCCUCACACCUAAAGAAAUUGUCUCUUCAGUUGCCGUGGCAGUCACUUGGGCUGAUCGAGUGAUCCCCUCGGUUGCCUGGAUCAUUCCUGUCUCUGUUGCUGUCUCAAUAUUUGGUGCCCUCAACAGCAGCGUGUUCACACUAGGUCGAUUAAGCUACGCUGGAAGUCAGUCAGGACAUUUACCUAUUUUAAUAUCCAUGCUUAAUGUCCACUCCUGCACUCCAGCACCAGCCAUGAUUUUUUCAACCACCAUUGCAUCCAUUUUUAUCAUCCCCUCUGACCUUAUUAUGUUAACAAAUUACUUUGGAUUUUCUGCCUGGCUUAUGAUUGGAUUGACUUGUGCAAGCCUGAUUGUACUUCGAUACCGGGAACCUCAUCUACAUCGACCAUACAAAGUGUUUCUACCAGUUCCAUUUGUGAUGGUGGCAAUGUCUUUCUUCCUAGUUGUAGCUCCCAUAGUCUGGUCUCCAAACCUGCAAUAUGUUUAUGCUUUCCUGUUUAUGAUGGGAAGCCUGGUUGUUUAUCUCCCUUUUAUACAUUUUAAAUUGCAUUUUGCAUUUCUUGAUAAAAUUACUUGCCACUUACAGCUCCUGUUGGAAGUUUCUCCUGCUGAUGAAUCUGCUGAGAACAAGUGUGAAUAAUGGCAACUGUUUAAACCCGGUACAACUGACAGCCAACAGAGGGUUUUGUUUAACUGAGAUUGUAUAAGGUACAAGUUAGAUGUUAGGUGUGAUAUAUAGGCGGGCAUGCAUGUGCAUGCAUGUGUGUUUAUGUGUGUACACACAUAGAUGAAUACAUAGAUAUUACAUACCUAUAUACAUGUAUAUACAUAUAUGCAUUUAUAUGUAUAUAUACAUGCACCCAUGUGUAUAUACAUAUAUGCAUAUGUAUGUUUGUACAUUAGCAUAAUGAGUUAAUAUGUAUAUAUUUUUGUGUGUCUGUGUGUAUACAUACAUAUGCAUAGAUGUAUAAGUAUACUUAUGUAAUAGGUGCAAAGAAUCUCUCAAACUUGUAAAAUCUGUAAAAUGCUCUCUCUUGCUCCUGAAGACACAACGUUGCAUGUAUUCUUGCAAUAAUAGAAAUAUUACUAAUUACAGCACAGAUAAUUAUCAUUUUUAUCGUAUAAUAAAUGAGUAAAUAAUAACUAACUAACUAACUAAAUAAAUAAAUAAGUAGAUAUAUUUAUAUUUAUAUAACAACAUCAUUAUAUAAAUAUACUUUUGAUCUCCAAACUAAAUUGUCUGGAUUAUUUUUAGUUCAUAGUAGCUUGUUUAUUAGAACUUCAGUCAUAAAAUUGACCGAGACCUUUUUUAAUCCCAAGAAAACUGUACAUGGUGCAUCUUAGCUAUUUUAGGACAGCACAUACAAGCUCACUGUGAAAUCUUAUGAAGUACCAAAUAAAGCAGUAAGAAUUAUUUAUCCUCUUCAUCACAAAAAUAAAACUAAAGAUAUGUGGAUUACUUUACUAAAUUGCUUACAUCUUAGCAUUAAUAUUACCUUAUUCUUUGGAUUCUUUUUGGUGUUAUUGAGAAAAAAGAGCUUUUUUAGGCCCCUUCUCCAUUUUUAUUUUGUUUAUGAAAACAAGAUAAAUUCUUUUUUAUUUUGAUAAUUGGGCCAUAUUAAGUUCACUGAGAAUUUAAACUUAAAAACGAAGAACGAGUACACAAGAAAUAUCCUAGACUUAGGUGAUUAAUCUAUUAAUAUAUGCUGUUAUUUUUAUAAUUACGAUAAAAAUACAUGUGUAAAGUGGUUUUUCAAAUCUAUUUAUUCAGGCUGAGCAAUACAACCAGUAGAUGGCUCCAGACUAACAUCUCACACUGAUACUCUGGGUUGCUGGAUGUUGUAUUGGUGAGAGGAAUAGUUACAGAGCUUUAUAUUAAACACUUAGAGUAGAAUGAUAAAAAUAUUGCUAGAAGAUUCAAUUCACUGAUAUAUCAAAAAUUUAGAGGUCAGAAUAAAUCAAGACUUUAUAUGUAGCUACCCAAAGUAUAGGGUCCCCAUCAAUAAUGCUGGGAACCAACUGAAGUUUUAAGAGGAUUUGCAUUUGCGCUUGAACAAGCCCCCAAAUGAAAACAAGUACAUGAAGAAUGUGGCUUUCCUCACAGCUGGUGAUGUACACCGAAUGAAAAUUUGAAGUAAAAAUUAGACGUUUUAAAAUGCUGUAGGAAGAAAACUCCAUGCAAGUGAGGAGUGAAGUGAAUGCAGCUGAGCUGGAGACUGGAUCCUGCUGAAAGCAAGGCAGGAAUCAAUGUUUAAUUUCACUCAAUAGUGCUAUCAGAAAAAAACAUUUCAAUUGCUAUUUAAAUUUAAAAAAUCACAAGGCUAAAAAAAAUUUGUAAGAGUAAUAUUUUAAGAACUGAAUUCUAGUGAGUAUUAAACUGAUAGAAGGAUUUUACUGUGACUAAAGCACCAGCCAGGGAUUUGUAAAUGCAGGUGUGGUGACUGGCAGUGCCACAGGUUUUCAGCUGAUCUUGAUCAAGUCACUUAUUUAAACCCAUGUUUUAUAUGUGAAUAAAAAUGGAAUAAUAAGGAAAAAAAAAAAGGGUAUGGGACAAUAAUAUUGUGUUCUAGACCACAUGGUUAGAAAAAGCAACAUCUGGGGGAUUUUGCUCAAAUGGAUGUGUAAUUUCUUGUCAGUAGAUCUACUUGAGCUUGUUUAUACACCUGAAUUCCAUAAGGGUUGGGUACCUAGUGAAAACAUGUCAGAUGUGUUUGGGGAAUUGGAGUAUGUAUCUGUUAAUGAUACAAAAUUCGAAUUUAGAUGUUUAGCAGUUUCAACAAAUUAGGGAACUCAAAAGCCCCAAUGAAAUGUAAUACGAGAAAAAUUGCAUCUCUAUACCUUUUUGUAACACAAAGUAGGUAGUUUUAAUAAAAAUCUAGGAAAUGGCAUAUAAACAGGCAUGCACACACCCCACAGUUUUAAUGGUUAUUGCCAAAGGAUGAGCAAAGAUGAGAAGAGUUAGAACAGGUCAGAAUUAAAACUGCCCAUGCAAACUUAACCUGCCCGAUCUGUGAAGGCACCUUACGAUGUCCUUUGAUUAUCAGAUCAUAAAAUAUUAUUUCAAUAUACCCUCACCUCAUUUAUUGGAUAGAAUGGAUGGUGCCCAGAUAAUAAUUCACUGUUACUUUCUUCCCAUUUCAACGUGUGGCCUCGCACUUCAUUUAUAACUCUCUGCUCAGAUGCUGUUCUUGACAGAUGUUUCUUACAGACUUUUCUAUAGCAUUCCUCUUGACAGCAUCUGAGCACUUCACAGAUUUGUCUUUACUCUCAUGAGCUGAAUCAGUGGUAUCAUGUCUGCUUUGCAGAAAGUGAAUUAAGCUGAUGUGUAGGUCACACAACAAACAAAUGCAUUUUGUGAUGUUCCCUGAGAUCCUUCAGUUCAGAUCAAGCAUCCCGAUGGAGGACCAUUGAUGGAGAUUCACGUCCAGCUAUGGAUGUUUCUUUAUCUUAGGAAGCAGGGCAAAGAGCUGGGGAAUUGGUGAACAUACCACCUUGUAUGGAUAUCCAGCCACUCUAUACAGAUUUCAGUUCUUCCACAUCUUUUAGAUGGAGACAAAGGAAGUAUGGCUGAAAUUGUUCACUAACUUUGGAUGUCUAAGCUGAGGUACCUUGGCCCUGAUUUUUCAUAGUAAUUAAUAAAUUCAGAGUGCCUAUAGUCUCCUGGAAGUACGUUCCAAUACUAGUUAAAAAGGAAAGAAGGACAAACUAUCACAGUCACUUUGGUUUAGAUGAAUAGCAGGUAUCCUAUAACUCAACUUCUGACUAACUGUGGGUAGCUGCAAUUCCUUUGAAAUGUACAGUCUAUGAAAUGUUAAAUUACAACUCUGAGAUUUUGAAAUUCCACCAAAUCAAGUUGUGAGGAUUUAAGAUGGAGUAUAGAAAAUGAGGAAGACAGAAUUAAUGACAAUUUUUAAAAAUAUUGGUUUAAUUGAUUCUAGCAUGACCUUGGAAUUUUAUAGGGAAGGAGAAGUUCAAAUUCUUCUGGGCAAUAUUCAAAUUCCUUAAUCCAGCAACCCUUCUGAAAGUGCCACCUCAUUCACUACAUCACAUUCCAUUUCUACAGCAAAUAUGGGAUUGGCUAGCUUGUAUUUAGUGCCGCCUUCUUCAACACAUACUGUUAACUUAUUCCCAGAUCUGAGUGAGGCAGAGGUCUUCUGAAAAAGAAUGCUCUAUUACAUGACCCACUGCUUGGAAAGGGAUUCACACAGCUGAGCUGAAUUAAUGUUAUAAAAGCAAUCUCAGAUAUGGUAUUGCCUGUCUUCUGAAUAUGAGUCACUUGAUCUUCUCUUAAUGCCGCAUUUCUUUUGCCUGAGUAUUUUAGAAUGCUAAAUCACAAGGAAGCAAAUACAGGUUUCAAUUGGUAUAGAUUUCUUAUUGUUGCUGGAUCAUUCCACAUUUAUAAGCACUAAGCAUAAAGGAACAGAAUUCAAAUUUAUAGCUUGUAUUAGCUACUCUGGCCAAGAGCAAUUCAAUAUUUUAACAUUAUAGCUUGUUUUCAGUGACACUAGUUGGUCUCAGCUGCUUUCCUACUUGAACAUACCUUAGAUAAUGCUAUAUAGAAGUGUGACUGGUUUAGUACUAGAUUAUAUCAGACAUUUAUUUAAAUAUUUAAUUUAUUUUUUUACCUUUGACUUCAUAAUUCUUUUAAGCUCAUGCAUACUUGCAUGUUUCAGAAGUUCAACCUUACAUCAAAUAAACUUAAAAUGUGGAUUUUUUUCUUUUUCAAUACUCUACUGGCCCAGUUUGGCAAGUAACGUUCCUAGCUGUUUUCCUAGGUUCCUAACACAAUGUUAGUAUGUAUGUCUGUGUUACUUUUUUUUUUCAUUAUCUCCAACAAAAGACAACAUAAAACACCAAAUUAUAAUCAGUCUUAUUUUAAAAAUUACUUGUAGUUAUACUUCAUGCUAACUCCAUGUGUCCUGACUGCGUUACAAAAAAAUUCCACUCUGAGGCAAAGCCUAGCAAUUGUACAGAAGAAAUGAAAAAAAUCAGCAAUUAGUUUACUUCCCUUUUCAUAGUUAUUGUUAACUGUGAUUCCAAUAAAAAGAUA